UGCCUCCGCAAAAGCUGGUAAUCUUAAACGACCACGACGAAGAAAUAAUUGGCAUGGCGGGCCCCUACUUGGAGGGACAGAGCGUCAAGCUGACAUGCGAAGCCAUCGGAGGUAAGCCAAGUCCAUUUCUAUCAUGGUGGAGAGGAAAUAAACCUUUGAAAGGUAGUGCACCAGUUUCUGCUCAUGGCCAAGUAAGAAGUGAUUACACCUUCAUUCCUCGACGAUCGGACUUGUUGACAACACUUACUUGCCGGUCCGUAAAUAACAACAUUACGGCUCCUAACACAGUCUCUGUACAGAUUGACUUAUAUCUGAAACCCUUGGAUGUCAAUUUGAGUCCACAACGAGUCAGUUUCACUGCCGGUCGAAAAGUAGAUCUACGGUGUUAUUCUGGUGGAUCUCGUCCCGCAUCCCGAAUGUCUUGGUUUCUGGAUAAUGAACCCCUUUCUAACCACACAGAUCUUCUCUCAAUGGAUGGCAAUAGGACUACGAGCAUUUUGUCGUUCUGGCCCUCUCGAAGUGAUCACAAAAGAUAUCUCAGGUGCAGGGCUGAGAAUUUUCUUCUCAGUGGGUCUGCGUUGGAGGACGGCUGGCAUCUGAAUAUUACUUCAGAUAGUAUUGUUUAUCAUCAUGGUAAUCGUUCAUUCUAUAGCAGAAAACAUUAUUAUCAUCAUGCUAGUCGCUUAAUUUCUAGUGAAUGGCAUCAUUUACCAAGUUAA